CUUUCAUCUUUCAUCCAAAAGAUUUGCCUAUGGUUUUAUUUCAUAGCACAAACCUAUUUGCCUUCAGAGAAGAUCCAGGAAUCGAAGGUUUCAAUUUCACGAUUCUGGAUGAGUUUACAGCCCUCAGUUCCUCUGUAUGCAGAAGAGAAGCCUCUUGACCACAGAAAAAAUAAACAGCAACUAUUAUUCCGCCAGAAGCGAGCUACUUUAUUUCCUAAUGGGGUUAAAAUUUGCCCAGAUGAAACUGUGGCACAGAUUGUGGCAAACCACUUGAAAUAUUUUAAAGUCCGAGGUAAGUAUUCACACUCUCCAGCUCCUAAUAUACACACCCUACAGACUCUGUUGUGUCAGGAAGCUGUCUGGGAAGUCUUCAAGACCUUUUGGGACCGUCUGCCCCGUCAUGAGGAGUAUCGACACUGGAUGAAUCUCUGUGAGGACGGAACUAUAAGUAUAUUUGAAAUGGAGUUGUCUUUCUUUAAAAUCACCAUCUCAGUAAUUUUUUCUUCCCCCCCCACCCUCCAUUCAAUCCAGAUUAACAAUGAGAUAGAAACUCUGACAGAGAAACCAACAAAGCUGGCAACUGAACAGGUUGCAGAAUUCAGUAUGCACCUUUCAGGGAAGCAAUACAGUGAAGAGCUACAGGACCCUUCCAGCCUACGUUAUCAAGAUAUCAUGCAACAAUUUAUUUCAGAGGUUCAAAAGGCAUUUGAUGAACUACCUGGCUACAAGGACAUUCAUGUGCUUGAAUUUAGAUUGCCUCAGGAAAAUGUCAGUGGCAUCAAUGUUCGCUAUGCUGUCACAUUUGACAGUGAGGCUAUCAGUAACAUUACCUGGGAAAUGAUUAACCUUCAUUCGAAUAAAGUAGAAAAUCAUGGACUUGUGGAACGUGAGGAUAAGCCCAUGGCAGCUUAUACAAUUAACAACUUCAGAGACUACAUUGCUGAAAGCCUCACCAGAAAUUUCUUACUAGGAAACUCUUCCCUGAAGCCAGAUCCUGACUCUCUUCAGGUUAUCAAAGUGAAAGAUGCUUUUUUCCCCAAAACUGAAGACCCACUAUGGAAUUUUGAAAACCCAAGCAUUCUUGUGUCUCCACCCCUGAUACUUGAUAAUACCCUUCAAGCUGAAUGGCCCUCAGCAGAUGAAUCAACUGCCAGGAAUAGUUCACCACUUGAUUUCACCAAACCAGGUUUCAUCUCUGGGGCUCUUUCAUCCAAUGGCAGUGAGCUCUGGUCAAAAUCAGAAAGUCCUCCAGCAGAUUUAGUGUCUCCAUCAAAAUUACCCCUUCCCUCGAAGGUGGGUUCCACUUCUCCCCCACUUGUUUUAGAGGGUAGCAGCCUCACUCUUCAUUCUGUCACCCCAGCAGUGCCUCAGACUGGCUUGCCUAUGGCUCCUAAGGAAAGGACUUCUGGACCUGCUUUGUUAGAUGAUGGACUAACAAGUGUGGAAGAACCAGAAAGUUUUUCUUCUUUUGAUCUAUUGACUUCAAAUCCAUCCUCUUAUCUUGUGCCAAUGCCAUCAACAGACGACUCUGAGCUGCCUUUAUCAACUUUGACCUCUCCAUCCAUUUUGGAUUCUCUUGCCAUAGAAGUUACUACACCUUUUGGCUUGGAUCCUUUGGCCUCCCCAAAUAAGGAUCAAUUAGAAGUGAGCAUUUUUCAGCCAGAAUUAUACCCUGGAAGUGGACUGUUAUUUGAAGAACAAUCAGGUUCAGGAUCUGGACAAGAGCUGCUUACUUGGCCAUUAAGUAAGCCUUCAUUGCAUCAUAACACUGAAUAUCCAUCUGAAUCCUGGCUUGAAAAUGAGAAAUCACUUUUGCCAAUUGAGAGCAAAAAAGAGAACCUAGAUAGAGCCAUAAUUGAUAAAGCAGGGGGGAUUUUUGAGGAAUCUGAAAUUGCUCUUGGGGCUAAUAGUUCCAUCUUUGGAAAUACCACAUCUCAAUCUGUCCCUUUGUAUCUCUCAAUGCACACAUCAGAGGCAACCUCAACUGAUCGUUAUUCUGUUCCCAAGCCACCCUUUCUAUCAGAAUCUGUAAUAGCCUCUACUUCUACUAAUGAUAGACUAGAAGAAAUAGAAUCCUAAAGAACAGAAACAAAUGAAAUUUUAGAAUCAUCUAGCACAGAACAAGUUGAGAUAGAUAUUUCAACAGAAAAGUCAGGCAUGGGAUCUUUGUGGACUAGGCCACCCAAACUAGAUGUAACUCAGUCAACAACUUCCUCCCUAGGGAGAACCGCCAAAGACGCAAUUGCAAGUACAGUAAAGAAUAUUGUUACCCUUGUGUCUGGAGUCUCUAUUUCUGACUCCACCAAGUUGUCUCCAACCAAUCUGGAGGAUGAUGUGAUUAUGGAUGUACAGGACAUUUCAUUAGAACUGGACCAAGGGGGCAUAGGAUACUACCAGCCUGCACUCAACCAAGAAGAAAAUAGCAUUGUUGGUGGCCAUGUGGAAAUAUCAACUAAUAUGCUCUCUACUGAGAGAGCUGAUGUUCAACCCACACAGAGACCCUAUCCAAAUUAUUCCCAGACAACAGGCCCUCUGGUGGUUUUCUUUAGCCUUCGGGUGAUGAACAUGCCAUUUUCAGAGAACCUAUUUAACAAAAACUCUUCUGAAUAUAAAGCACUGGAACAAAGAUUCUUAGAACUGCUAGUUCCCUAUCUUCAAUCAAAUCUCACUGGAUUCCAGAAUCUGGAAAUCCUGAACUUCAGAAACGGCAGUAUUGUGGUAAACAGCCGGGUGAAGUUUGCUAAACCUGUACCUCACGAUGUCAACAAUGCUGUGUAUACAAUUCUGGAAGACUUCUGCAACACUGCCUACCACACCAUGAAUCUAGCUAUUGAUAAAUAUUCCCUGGAUGUGGAAUCAGGUGAUCAGGCUGACCCCUGUAAGUUCCAAGCCUGCAAUGAAUUUUCUGAGUGUGUGGUCAAUCACUGGAGUGGAGAAGCAGAAUGUAUAUGUAACCCCGGUUAUCAGAGUCUCCAGGAACUGCCCUGUCAGAGUGUCUGUGAGCUUCAGCCAGAUUUCUGCGUGAAUGAUGGAAAGUGUGACAUUAUCCCUGGGCAUGGGGCCAUUUGUAGAUGCCGUGUAGGUGAGAACUGGUGGUACCGAGGACAACACUGUGAAGAGUACAUGUCAGAGUCUCAGGUGAUAGGAAUUGCUGCUGCCUCAGUGAUUGGCUUUCUUCUUAUAGUCUUGGUUAUCCUCUUCUUUCUGGUUAGGAAUCUGAAGGAACAGUAUGUGAAGAAAGAAAGAAAAUGUUCCCUCAGGAGGAGUGACAGCUCCAUAUCCCUUGAGAACGCUGUGAAGUACAACCCUGUGUUUGAGGAUGAUGUCAUUGAAUAUGGCCCACAUGAGAGGAGCUACCCUCAGCUUACUUCUUACAGCUCUGUCAGUGGAGAGGGGUCCACGGCCUGCAGCAGUGAAGAGAUCCGGCACAUCUAUGAAGAGCUUACCAGUGAGGAGAUUGAAAAGAGAACCAGAAUUUUUGAACUUUAUGCCAAAGAUCAACAGUUUGCAGAAUUUGUGAGACAACAUCAAAUGAAACUGUUAUAACAAAAACAUCAGUUUUGAAGGAAGUUGGAAGAGGAAGAUUGCUUGCUACCAUUGUAAUGUGGUGUGGCAGUAAUAUAGUUACCUAUGCUUAGAUUGUACUUUGAGGAUAAAAAAAGGAAAUAUCCUUUAAGCAUGGUUGAGUUGGGAGAAUGUCUCUGUUCAGUACCACUUUUUCUCCCUCCAGCUUAGAUUUCCAGCAAAGAUUUUUAUAAGCAUUGAUGUGAUUAAAAAAAAAUUGUAAAAUAUAUUGUACAAAACCAGGGAAUACAAUUCUCCCUGUGCAGCGGGAGAACUGUUCGGUUCUGCAAAUAUGUAUUGUAUCUAGGAUAUACUGCAACAUAUUUAACAUAUAUAGGACUGCUUGCCAUCUUGGGGGGGGGGAGGGAGGGAGGGGAAAAAACGAAACAUAAGUGAUUGCAAGGGAUAAUGCUGUGUAAAAAUUAUCCUGGCAUGGAUUCUGUCAAUACAAAGUUAUUAUUAAAUAAAAUUAAAUUUUCAAAAAAAAAAAAAAACCAGGGAAUAGGACAUAUAUUAUCAGUUGGGUUUAGAAGUUAAUUUAUUACAUUUUGUUCCUAGUUCUUCUAUUGAUCUUCUCUUUGAGCAUAUCACUUAAUUCUCUGUGCCUCCAUUUUCUAAAUUGGAUUAUAGGGUGAGAGUCUUAAACAUAGAUGUUGUGAGAUCUAAUAGCUAUUUGUAAGGCACUUUUGAUAAUUAGAGGAAAAGGGGAAAAAUAACCACAUAUUGUCCAUUUUAAGUAUCUUUUAAAAAUUAAUUCAUGUAAGUUGUAAUAGGAGCAGUAGCUAUUAAUAUAGUUGGAACCUAUGAGAGUAAUAUUAAAAGGGAAUGGAAUUGUUCUUAAGUCUUUGUUGGGGGAAACACUGGUUCAAGGCACUAUUUGCAACCACUGAUGAUGCUUUCUGGUUGCCUAAGGUAUAAAUGUCUGGCAUACUUUGGUGCUUCUCAGAAUUGAGGAAUUUCCCAGAAGUCAACAACCCCUUCUAAUUGGGUACACUAGAUUGCAAAUGAUAAAAGGGGAUGCUGAGCCUAACUAAACUAAUGCUGCAUCUUUGCUGCACAUUCUUUACAUUUUAUUGCUGAAAUGAACUUCCCUUUAUAAAAAUUUGUAUUUCAUCUAAUUCUAAUCCUGAGCACCAACCAUUGGACUGUACUGUCCUGAGUCAGACCUGGCUCAGAAUAGAAGUUGAAUUUUAAUAUUAUUUAAAUCCAACAAUGCAGACUCUUCUAAUAAAGAACAAAUAAAAAUACUUUUUGAUAUAGUAUGGUAAGAUAUGCUGUUUUCACUAUCAAAACUUAAGAAUUUCAAAAUGCAACAACACUUCUUAUGUCUGUAUCAUUGUUAAUAUUUUUUUUUGAAAAAAAUCUAUUUAUUUAAAACUUUAAUACAAAAUAAAAAAAAAGAAUAAGAAAAAAGAGAAAGGAAAAAAAUAUUGUCAUGUAUACAGCAGAAGAUGAGAGAAUUCAAAAUAUGUAACAAUAAAUUUUCAUUUCAAGAAAGUAUAUAUAAUAAUAGAACAUUUUAUAUUCAGAGCUAUUCAUCUUUUCUUGGCUUCCACAAAAGUUUUCUUUUGUUUUCUGCUGUGUACUUUUUACUUUAUUCUUCCCUCUCCCCCAAAAGUCUACAGUUAAGCAUGAAUAUAUUUGUGUAUUCAAAAAAAAUAUAAUACACACACAUACAUAAAUGUAUACAUUUGUAUAUACACACACAUACAUAGAUACUUAUAAUCAUAUACAUAGAUGCACAUAUACAUUUAUGUAAGGUUGUAUUAUGCUUCUUUGUCCUCUGUUUCUCUAAAAUUGGAUAACAUUAUCUUACUUAGGUCCAAGUCUUUCCAUAUUUUUCUAAAUCCAUCAAUUCAUCAUUUCCUAUCCUACAACAGUAUUCCAAGAUUACACUAUUUAGUUGUUUUUAAUAGUCUAAAACAAUAUUAACAUAGCUGACAUAUAAUAUAGAUUUCUCUCUUCACUAAAUUUUUUAAACUUUCAUUUUGAGAUCAAUUAUUACCCCUACUUUUUUUUCUAAUAAACUGUACUCCUGAUUGAAUGUUGUGCUUGCAUUAUCUCUUGUUUCCUCUCCCUGCUAACUUCUCUACUUUAUUUCUACUCUUAGCAAGUCUUGCUAUUGCUUAACACCCCCUCCCCCACAAGGACCCCUCCCUUAUCCUCUGCUUCCAUUCUUUCUGUCCUUUUUCCCAUUCUCAUUAAUCUCUACACUUUAUUCCACUCCUGUUAAUCUACAUGUUCUUUAUACCCUAUUUUAUCCUAUUUCUUCCUUUAUAAAUUUUGGAGAGUUGUAUACGCUUCUAGAUAUUUCUAUGUAUUGUUCCCUCUUUACAUGUUCCUGAUGUGAGUAGGAAUUCAGAAUCUUCUCCCAUCUAAUCUAGUUCUUGCCCUUAUACUUCAUUUAUAUAACAUACUAAUGUUUUUUAUCUUUUUCUACAUGAUUUUGCUUUUUUAGAAUAACAUCAUACUCAGCUCUAUUCCAACUUAUAUUUGAACUACUGACAAUCUUAGAAAUAUGGUUUAUAUUUCCAUGUAUAAGACAGAAAUACUGUGUUCUUAUUUGUCCUUGAAAUCAAUUUUUGAUAUUUACCUGAUAUAUCUCUUGGCUCUUCUAUGUCAAAUUUUCUAAUAAAUUCAGGUUUUUCUGCAACAAAA